CGUCCAGUAGAGCUGAGCAGUGGAGUUUUCGCUGCAUUUAUAUUAUUCUUGGUUACUGCAACACCGUACCCAAGCUGUCAAUGGCAAAUAAAACUACAACAUAAUCAAGGAUUCUUAAGGAUAUCUCCUCUAGAUAGAUAAAUUCGAUUCCAAUGGUAGUUAAACUUGCUUUUUUGUGUUGUUUUGUCCUGUUUUAUUGUUGUUCUUUAUCCAAUGGAUACGAAAAAUCAUUUGGAUAUCAUAGCCUUGGUUGUUGGACUUUCACUACUACUGACUUGAUUCCAAGUGUAGAGAACCAGGAUGAUGAACUAGAUGGUGCUUACUGGGACAGAGUACAACCUAUCCUAAAGUGCGCAUGGGCUGCAAAGGRUCUUGGGUAUUCCAUGUUCGCCGUACGCGAUGGAGGAGAAUGCCUGACUAGCGCCAGUGUCUCUCAGGUUUAUAAAAAGGAGGGGAAAUCGGACGAGUGUCAAGACGGAGAAGGUGGUCAUAAAGCUAUGAAUGUCUAUAAAUUAAAAGGCCACUUGCCCGAAGUCGCAAAUUUUGAAGGAGAUAYGAUACUGUCCAGAGUUCAACAAGCAAUGACCAUGUCACUACAUUACGACAGUGACGUCGCAAGUAAGGCAGUGUGGGACAAGGCUGACUUCGAAUGGCCUGAUCGCAUCAUACCUUACCUUAUUCCACCCAGACUAAAAAAUCACCAGCUCGAGCAAAAGAUGUUAUCUGGGAUCAAGCACUGGGAAGAAAAGACAUGCGUGAAGUUCGUGCCAAAGAAGAAUCAUCGCGACUGGGUGCAAUUGGUACGAGAAAAGGAUCCCUUGAGCAGAAGGUGCGCAUCGGCUAUAGGUAGAAAUGGUCGCAAUCAACAGAUGAGGCUUGGGGAUUUAUGCCCAGCAGGGAGUGUCAUUCACGAAUGGGGACACUCGUUAGGGCUCUGGCACACACAAUCACGACCUGAUAGGAACAAGUAUGUCAAAAUAUUGUGGGAUAAUGUCAUUCCAGGAAUGUCCUCCCAAUUCAAGAUCUACAGCCAUGGAGUAGCAGACACCUUAGGGGUGAUGUACGACUAUCAAAGUAUCAUGCAUUAUGGAAAGGAUUUCUUUGGCAAGCUUUCCAAAGACAAGUCUCACAUUCUUACGACGAUUAAGACAAAAGAUCCAAAAUACCAAGACRCCAUUGGUCAGCGAAGUUUUUUGUCGAAAGGAGAUGUGCUUCUAGUGAAUAGGAUGUAUGGAUGUCCAGAUUUUCCAUACAUGUGGAGAUCUACAGAGUGGGGUGACUGCUCCAAGCCUUGCGGUGUUGGCACACAGAAGAGAGAGAUCUAUUGCGCAAAGAAAGAUGGAAAGAAAGUCGCCGAUAAAAAAUGCAAAAACACGCGGCCACUAGAAACCGAGCGGAAGUGCUACGGACGCAACUGCACAAGUUGUCCUCAGGGAUGGCACAAAUUCAAAGAAGCCUGCUACUAUUUACAAAUGGCUCGAACAAACUGGGACGAAGCGAAAGAAAGCUGUUUGAAAAAAGGCGCAGGUCUAGUAAGCAUUCGUAACGAAGAGGAAGAAGAAGAAAUCAGAAAAUUCAUAAGAAGUAAAAAUCUACAGACCCUGUAUUUCUGGACAGGAGCAAAGUAUGAUUCACCAGCCGGUGAUUUUAUGUGGAGUGAUGAGAGCAGCAUUGAUUUUCACGCAUGGAAUGAGGGAGAACCCCGCUGGGGAAUGGACUGCGCAAUCCUACGGAAUCAUCAGAAUUGGGGAACAGAUAGCUGUGCAAGCAAACGGUCCUCUGUCUGUAAGAUAGAAUUGCAAGGUUAUAAAAUGCCAAACGUAAGUAAAGCCAGCCAAUCAGAAUACAAAUGGUACGCCAAAGAAUGGAGUAAAUGUUCAGUCACGUGUGGAGGUGGUCAGAGACACCGAGAAACAUUCUGCGCAGGAAAAAAUGGCGAAGAAAAAGUUCAUUACUCAAACUGCACUGGGACUCCUCCGGAUGCCUGGAAAAACUGCAAUACACAGCCCUGUCCAUCCCCGUACCAAUGGUAUGUGAAAGAAUGGCAGAAGUGUUCCGUUACCUGUGGAGGUGGAUAUCAGAGAAGAGAAAUCGUUUGCGCUACCAAGGCAAUGUUGUCAACAGCAUGGGAAAUGUGUAAUCAUACCAAGACGCCAGUAUGGCAAAGAAGAUGCAACACCCAACCAUGUCCAAAUAAAAAACAAUGGGAUGUCCCAAAAUGGAAGACAAGUGCAUGGACGCAAUGUUCCGUGACAUGCGGAACUGGAAGACAGAUAAGAAGUGUGGUCUGCCGUGCAAGGAGUGGGAAGAGGUUUCAUGACAAACAAUGUCACACACAACAGAAACCAUCCUUGGUUCGUUUGUGCAGCGCUGGUAAAAAAUGCCAGAAACGAAGCAAAUACAUUCUUUGUACCGACAAUAAUGUCAUGUGCCAUUUCUGGAGAAAGCAGAAACUCUGUCAUCAAAACAGACACGUGAGAAAGACUUGCAAAAAAUCGUGUGGGACAUGCAAUACGUAAAAUAAUCUUAUUAACAACUAACUUACGAAUGGAGAAGAAAUAAAAGAGUGUUUUUAGGAAA